GUAUUUUUUCGUAUGUCGCCGUCGUCGUCUCCGUUGUAGUUUUUUGCCUCAGUGCAAUCUUAACAAUAUUUUAAAACAUAUUUGUGAUAUUUUUGGCGGUUCUUGUUGUUGUAAAUGCAGAAAAAUGUACACAAAUCGAAUGCUUUGCUAGUGUGUAAUGUGACAGACGUGCGAACACGUUCACUCAAACAAAACGCGGCUGAGAAAUAAGAAAAAACAAAUGGAAAAUCAUUAAACAAUACCUAGUUGAAAAAAAUAAAAAACCCAAAAAAAGAAGAGAAAAAUUGCCAAAUGGCCAAAAUGGCCCUGGCUUAAGCUGCUAAGAAAUGUAUAAAACGAAUUGUUUUCGAUAUUGCGUAAAUGUGAGUGCAUCUGUGUGUGUGUGCUCUCAAAAACAAAAACAAAGAAAGUUGAAAUGAAUUUGUUGCCUUGUUUCCACUUAUCAUGACGUCGUCGUCGUCGUAGUCAUCGUCUCCAGUGUUGUUGUCGUAGUUGUUGUUCUUGUGAAAUUGAAAUCCAAUUAAACGCAGUGCAUUUUCAGCUGGAAAUUAAAGCAAGCGUCAAGUGCAAGCAGCAGCAGCAGCAGCAGCAGCAGCGGAGCAGCCUGGCCACACUGUGACUCCCGAAUCCGCCAAGCCGCAGCGCCCGCGACUGGCACCGAAAGCCAACCAAACGCCUGAGCGUGCGCAUAGAGAACGCAUGAACCAAAUAGAACGGAUCAGAUAAAAGAGAUAAGAAGUCGAAGAAGAGGCGCAGCAGAAAACGAAUAUAAAGCGGAAACGACAAAAGGACUGCGAAAGGCGACUUCACACAUAUAUAAUAUAUAUAUUUAUAUAUAUAUAUAUUAUAUAUACAUAGAUAACACAGCCACACCCACACUCAAAUAAACACACAAAUAAGCAUGGAGCUGCGUGUUGGAAACAAAUAUCGCUUGGGCCGUAAAAUCGGCUCCGGCUCUUUCGGCGACAUCUAUCUGGGCACAACUAUCAACACGGGCGAGGAGGUGGCCAUCAAAUUGGAAUGCAUACGCACCAAACAUCCACAGCUGCACAUCGAAUCAAAGUUCUAUAAGACAAUGCAAGGUGGGAUUGGCAUACCGCGAAUCAUUUGGUGCGGCAGCGAAGGCGACUACAAUGUGAUGGUGAUGGAGCUGCUUGGUCCGUCGCUGGAGGAUCUAUUUAACUUCUGUUCGCGGCGCUUCUCAUUGAAGACUGUGCUGCUGCUCGCGGAUCAGAUGAUAUCGCGCAUUGACUAUAUACACUCACGCGACUUCAUACAUCGCGACAUCAAGCCGGACAACUUCCUCAUGGGCCUCGGCAAGAAGGGCAAUCUGGUGUACAUAAUUGACUUUGGUUUGGCCAAAAAGUUCCGCGAUCCACGCUCCUUGAAGCACAUACAAUAUAGGGAAAACAAGAACCUGACGGGCACCGCACGCUACGCGUCGAUCAACACGCAUCUGGGCAUUGAGCAGUCGCGACGCGACGAUCUCGAAUCGCUUGGCUAUGUGCUGAUGUACUUCAAUUUGGGCGCACUGCCCUGGCAGGGCUUGAAGGCGGCAAACAAGCGACAGAAAUACGAGCGCAUCUCUGAAAAGAAACUGUCCACAUCAAUCGUUGUGCUCUGCAAGGGCUUCCCCAGCGAGUUCGUAAAUUAUCUAAACUUCUGCCGGCAGAUGCACUUCGAUCAGCGCCCCGAUUACUGCCACUUGCGUAAGCUGUUCCGCAAUCUAUUCCAUCGGUUGGGCUUCACCUAUGACUAUGUCUUCGACUGGAAUUUGCUCAAGUUCGGCGGCCCGCGCAAUCCACAAGCCAUACAGCAGGCGCAGGAUGGCGUCGACGGUCAGGGCCAGGGUCAGGGUCAGGAUGCAGCUGCUGCGGCAGCUGUGGCCGCUGCUGCCUCACAUCAGCAGCAGCAACAGCACAAGGUCAACACGGCAAUGGUCACAGCCAGCGGCAGCACACAACAGAUGCUGGGCAGCAGUUCGGGUGCUGGACAGACGCUCGCCAUGCUCGGCGGCGGUGGCGGAGCCGGUGGCAAUGGAGGCGCUGGUGGCCAAUUGAUUGGCAACGGGGGACUCAACAUGGAUGACUCGAUGGCGGCCACCAAUUCCUCGCGACAACCCUACGAUACGCCGGAGCGACGUCCAUCAAUACGGAUGCGUCAAGGCGGAGGGCUUCAAGCUGGCGGUGUUGUGGGUGAUGUACGAAAUGCUAAAUAAUAUUUUAUUGUUUAGAAUGUUAUGCGAGGAUGCGAAACAAAAACAGACGGCAACCGCCCCACACACACAUGCGCCUCCGUACAGCAGCUGCAGCCUCCUACACACAUAUAUAUAUACAAACACACAUUUAGUAUAUUGCGCUCUUUAUAUAUACAUUAUUAUGUAUAUAUAUAUAUUGAUAUAUAAUUGAUGUAUGCGUAUAUAACAUGUUAUAUGUAUAGUUCAUUCAGCGACCUGGUCGCUGACAACAUGUUGCAGUAACACACACAGCCUACACCCCUCCCCACACACCCAGGCAACGAGAAGCAAACAGCUGCGCUUUCCUUUUGUAAAUUUUUUUUGUUUUUUUUUUUUUUUUUAUGCUUAAUUUUUUUGCUUUCUUGAAUAUUUGCGUUUUGCUUUGAUGCUUCUGAUAAUGAUGUGAACGAUGAUGAUGUUGAUGAUGUUGCUGAUGAUGAUGAAUCAUCAGGCAAUGGUUAUGAUUAAUAUAUGCUAAGUUUAACUUAUAAUUUUAGUUGAUAAACAAUUGCAAGUCGGCGGCAAAAAAGCGAAAGUAUGCACUACAAUUAAUGCAAGCUCCACCUGCAAAAUACCGUUAUUCGUUAAACAACAAUUUGUAAUCUGUUGAAGCAGAGAGAAAAAAAGGAGAGCGAGAGACAGGAUGAUGAUAUUGAAUAUGACAACAGUUGAAAACGAAGAAAACAACAGCCUAAAAUAGAGACAAAGAAGAAAAGAGUGAAGGAGAAGAAGAGAAGAAGAGCUCGGACUCAAAAACCAAGAAACACACACACAAAGAGAAACCGACAUCUACACCAACACCCACUCCAACUUCUACUCUAACACACACACACACACACACAUAUCACAUCCGCUCUCUAGCUAGUUCUGCGUGUGUUUUGCAUUUACACAGCUUAACAAAAAACAGGAUAAACAAAUCAUUUGCAUUUUGUUUACUUUUUUGCUCUGUACAACACGAACAACAAAAACAACAGCAACAAAAACAACAAUAGUAGUAGCAACAGUAACAACAACAACAACAACUGAGAAAUUUAUCAACCAACUCAACUGAACAAAUGGCAUUAAAGAUUUAUAUUAAAUGAAAGGGCAUAUAUAUUAUAAAUUAAUAUUUAAAUAUUAAAUACAAAAAUGAUGAGAAAAAAAAGAUAACGAAACAUAUUUUGAAUAUAAGUUGUAAGCUUUGAGUGUAAAGAAAACAAAGGACACAAUAUGCGCCAGUGUCCCUAACUUUUAGACUAGUUACCUAACAUAAAAAUAUA